AUGUGGUUUUGGCUGGUGAUUAAUGAGACGGGGAACAUGGUGACUGCUCGCCAGGAACCUCGCCUGGUCCUGGUCUCCCUGACCUGCGAGGGGGACACCCUGACCCUCAGCGCAGCCUACACGAAGGACCUGCAGCUGCCCAUCGAGACGCCUGCCACGAACGCCGUGCUCAAGUGCAGAGUGCACGGCCUGGAGAUCGAGGGCAGGGACUGCGGCGAGGCCGCGGCCCAGUGGAUCACCAGCUUCCUGAACAGCCAGCCCUACCGCCUGGUGCACUUCGAGCCUCACAUGGCACCGAGAAAGUCCCACCAAAUAAAGAGCGUGUUCCGGCCCACAGACCAGAUCGCUUACUCCGACGCCAGCCCGCUCCUGAUCCUCUCUGAAGCCUCCCUGGCCGAUCUCAACUCCAGGCUGCAGAAGAGAGUUAAAGCCACUAAUUUCCGGCCCAAUAUCGUCAUUUCCGGGUGUGGUGUCUAUGCAGAGGAUUCAUGGAACGAGCUUCUAAUUGGUGACGUGGAACUGAAGAGGGUGAUGGCUUGUUCCAGGUGCCUUUUAACCACGGUGGAUCCAGACACCGGCGUCAUGAGCAGGAAGGAGCCGCUGGAGACCCUGAAGAGUUACCGCCUGUGUGACCCUUCUGAACAAAAGUUAUAUGGAAAAUCGCCUCUCUUUGGACAGUAUUUUGUUCCGGAAAACCCAGGGACAAUCAAAGUGGGAGACGCCGUGUACCUGCUGGGCCAGUAACAGGAGUCGCAGGUCCUGGGGUAUCAGAUGCCUUGAAAAGAUGUCUUCGGAAAUGCCAACACUUGACACCUCCGCAUUUUCUUUAGACCUGUGGUUUCCAGGCCUUUCCUCUUUUGGACUUCCUCGUGUCCCGAAGCUUCCAGUGCCCUGGUGCUCAAAGCAGAGAAAUAUGGUCUCCAUAACUGAGUAGGCCUUCAGGAAGCCGCUUAAAUUUAAGACAAGAUUCUGAAAACUCCAUGUUUAACUAUGAUUGUGGGAUUAUUCUUUCUUUUCCUUCUUUGUUCAUCUACCCAGAGUGCUCACCUCCACCAUCUCAUUACCACUCCUUAGGGAAAGAGAACAGAAGAGACAGAGGAAGAGUGGGCGAGUGAGAAGAAUGUUCUGGAAGGUUUUAUGACCGCAUGCGUGGGGCGUGCAAUGGAAAUUAAGUAGCUCCGCAAAUAAGGCUGGAACCUCACUUCGCUUUUCUCCUCAAGCUCAGGGGGAGCUUUUGAAAGGGGGUAAAGAACAUGACCUUCAGGAAACACUGAAAACCUCCUCGGUGUCCCUCCUGGAUCCUUGCUGGUUCCAUCAGUUCGUGACUGGGUGCCCCUCUUCAAGUCCAGGAUCUGCACAGCAUGCAGGGCCUCUGGGCUGAGGGACAGCAGAAAUGUCAGGCUGGAAAACCAACUCCUGAGGGCAACGUUGCUGUCACCCUCUCAUGUGAAACCUGUGGAGAGCAAGACCAACAAACAUGAGACAGAAUAUCAGAUAUAUUCCAUUCAUGAUCCAGAAUUUCUUCUGAUAUCUGAGAACGGAUGGUCCCACUAGAGAGGGGCAGACGAGGGGCAGACCCCUGGUCUGAUGUCUGAGAUGCUGUUUCAUGUUGCCCAGGAAAUAAAUGAUGGCGCCCCCUUCAGGUAAGAGCAAAAAGGAACCUUCUUGAUUUUAAUUUUUUUAAAUUUUUUUAAUGUAUCUUUAUUGAUUUCAGA